UGGGUUUGAUUCUCAGGGAAUAAACACAAUGAGAACAUUUACGUGCACAUCAAUACGCUGAUUACUCCCAAAAGCUUAUUUAAAAAAUCCAACAAAGCAAGAUAUCCAUUUACAUGAAUUUUGAAAUAUUUUUGUUAUUCUCCGCUUUUGAUGCCAACACACGCGUACAUUGAAUAAGCCGGUAAGAACACCGGUUAAUGUGUUUACAUGCAGUGAAAUUGCUGUAAUGGGCAAAAUCUACCUGUGUCGAUCAGUUUAUUCUUACACCGUUUAUGAUCAAUAAAGGAACGCCGUUUUAUGCGUUGCAUGACCACACACAUCGUCGGCUUAUUAAGCAUAAUUGGUGUAAAAACGUGCAUGUUAACGCGCUCAUUGACGAAAUGUAUACCUUGAAUGCACUGUGAAGAUGUUUGGGAGAAAAGCGACUUACAUUAAAUGUUAGUGUGAAGAGAGGUUCAGGUGGACUGCUUGAAAACCUGUGAAAUAUGGGCACAAAUCAUUAAAAUGCAAUGUUUACUAACAUAAUAUUUUUCGCCAAGAUAAGGACUGUAAACAGCAGAUACAGGUUUUAACUGAACCCCACACAUAUGGGGAGUUUUCGUUGGAAAUUUGUGUGAGUUAUAAACAGAGUAAAUGGAAAUUUCACUGAGGUGGAUAGAGAAACAUUCACCCACGCUGAACACAGUAUGAAAAUACUCUCCAACUUUCACUUUCUUCAACAGUUCAGCUGUAUCCUCACCACACCUCACACAGAUUGUGUGUCUCGUGAGCUGUCGGUUUGAGGUGCGAGGCCGGUAGAGGUGAGCGGAGUUGGCGGAGCCGUGAACGAGACGAAAUAAAAACAUCCAGCGAGAAUAUGCACAUGCCGAGGCAGAUGGAGACUGUACUUAUGGCUUGAUGUGCGCUGAAGGAAUGCCUUCCGGCUAUAAGCGCAAGUCAAGACAUCUCCUAUCACCUUUACGAGAAAUCCCUUCCUUGAUUGCUGGAUCAGAUCAGGGGUGAAGAGGGACCUCCUAGUCUGGAGUAUAUCCAGGCCAGGGAUCUGUUCCCCCAGAAAGAACUGGUCAAAGAACACGACAGUCUACAGGUUCCGUUCCCCGUCCUCCAGGGCGAGUGGGUGGAGUUUUUGGGUCGUGCAGAUGAUGCCAUCAUUGCGAUUUCCAACUAUAGACUCCACAUCAAGUUCAAGGACUCCAUCAUCAACGUUCCUCUCAGACUGAUAGAGAGUGUGGAGAGUAGAGAGAUGUUUCAACUACACAUCAUCUGCAAAGACUCUAAAGUAGUGAGGUGUCAUUUCUCAACGUUUAAGCAGUGUGAGGAGUGGCUGAAGCGUCUGAAUAGAGCGAUCGCACAUCCUGCCCGUCUCGAGGAUCUGUUCGCUCUCGCAUAUCACGCCUGGUGUUUAGGAGGGAACACGGACGACGAAGAUCAACACCUGCAUCUGUGCAGACCUGGUGAACAUGUGCGUCACAGGAUGGAGGUGGAGUUGAAGCGGAUGGGCUUUGACAUGCAGAACGCCUGGAGAGUGUCUGAUAUCAACAGCAACUACAAAUUGUGUUCCAGUUACCCUCAAAAACUGCUGGUGCCCGUUUGGAUCACGGAUAAAGAGUUGGAGAGCGUGGCUUCCUUCAGGUCCUGGAAGAGAAUUCCUGUGGUUGUGUACAGGCACCAGCGGAACGGUGCGGUGAUCGCGCGCUGCAGUCAGCCUGAGAUCAGCUGGUGGGGCUGGAGAAACACAGAGGAUGAGUAUUUGGUGACGUCAAUAGCGAAGGCGUGUCAGCUGGACCCGGGCCCACGCACCUGCAGAACCAGAGGAGAAGGACCGGACUCGUCCGACAGUGACUUUGAUUCGUCUCUUACGGCUUGUCCUGGUUCUGACGGCAGCACGGCGGUGCAGAAGUUGUUGAUUCUUGAUGCCCGCUCUUACACUGCUGCUGUGGCAAACCGUGCCAAGGGAGGAGGCUGCGAGUGUGAAGAGUACUAUCCAAACUGUGAGGUGAUGUUUAUGGGCAUGGCCAACAUCCACUCCAUCAGAAACAGCUUUCAGUCGCUCCGAGCGGUUUGCAGUCAGAUUCCAGAUCCUGGCAACUGGCUCUCGGCUUUGGAGAGCACCCGUUGGCUCCAGCACCUGUCCGUCAUGUUGAAAGCGGCCACUCUGGUUUGCUCUGCAGUGGAGAGAGACGGGCGGCCCGUGUUGGUUCAUUGUUCUGACGGCUGGGACCGCACGCCUCAGAUCGUGGCCCUUGCAAAGAUCCUAUUGGAUCCCUUCUACAGAACCAUUGAGGGUUUUCAGGUGCUGGUCGAGACCGAGUGGCUGGAUUACGGUCACAAGUUUGCCGAUCGCUGUGGUCAUCAGGAGAACGGAGAUGAUGUCAGUGAACAGUGUCCAGUGUUCUUGCAGUGGUUGGACUGUGUGCAUCAGCUGCUGAAGCAGUUCCCCUGCCUGUUUGAAUUCAACGAAGCCUUUCUGGUGAAACUGGUCCAGCACACAUACUCGUGUCUUUAUGGCACUUUCCUUUGUAAUAACGCUAAAGAACGAGACACGCAUAACUUAUAUAAACGCACCUGCUCUGUCUGGUCCCUCCUGCGCACCGGCAACAAGAACUUCCAGAACUUUCUCUACAUACCCUGCCAUGACAUGGUUUUGCAGCCGGUGUGUCACACGCGUGCUCUGCAGUUGUGGACGGCCGUUUAUCUGCCAACGUCGUCCCCGUGCACAGCGGCCGAAGACGCCAUGGAAAUCUACAUGAGCCCAUCAGCACAGGGAGAUGACUUCACGGCACGCUCUCUCGACAGGCUCCCCAAGACACGAUCGAUGGACAACUUGUUAUCCGCUUGUGAGAAUGGAGUGACCCUCACUCGCACCUCAAGUGACCCCAACCUUAACAAGCACUGCCAGGAGGGGCGCACAGCCCUGGAGUCCAAUCAAACCAUGGCCAUCCAGGGUAGCGGUUUGUCUGAAAACCCAGAGGAUGAACCAGUCCCUGGAUUGGUCAAUGACGACCAGGAGUUUGCACCAUGCAAAGAAAUUAAUGUGUCGGCAUAUUGUGAGUCGCAUGAGGAGGAACUGAGUACGGAGCCUUGUCUGACUACACAGCCUCUGCCAUCUUUGCCCCACCCCUUAGCAUUAAAUCAGGCCCCGAUCCUUCCUGUUUUAAAUCAAGCCCUGGCUCAAAUCUCAAGUUGUCCACUCCCACCCUUUCCAAUGGAAGUGCAGGCCAGGACUGCUGAAAUCACUUCUUACAUCAACACUACUACAAAUCCACCUCCUCCAUGUAAUAGCUUUGCACACGAUGAGAACAGAUCUGUGAAAUUGGAGUCGCCUACCUUGGCAGAGCUCUUCAAACAGUUACCGCCUCUCGCACCAAUGGACGCUUCCGUGGAGACCCUAACGGAGCAAAGCGACAUCCCUCCAGCUCGGAAAACCAUUACUGUCGAAUCACAAAGCCCACUGGAAACAAAGUGGACUGAGGGUGCACGAAAUGGCGAACUCGUUCCUUUAAGAGAACGAUCGAUGGCCACCGCGCCUCCUGCCGACUACGCCAGAGCGGCACGCCGUCUGAUAUCCCAGAGCCAGUUGACCGAUCUCUCCAUGCUCGGCUCCCAAUGGGACAGCGUACAAGGCUUAGUUCAGUCGGCCUGCGGUGGUGCCAUCCAGCAUGGCAGCUAUCAUGGUCGUCGCUUGGCAAACAGGCUCCUCCGUGCCCAUGGAGGAAGCGCCAAUGGUGGACCGUGCUGUCGCCGAGACCCUCUGCGCACUCCUGGGAGUCCGGUCCAAUCUGGAUGGUUUUCUGCGGUUAAAAACUCAAGCUAUGCCGCCCUCUGUUCGUCAGCUGCCUCUUCGUUAGCUAUGGGUCCAUCUUUCCGGCAACUUCUACCGUCCCAUUCCUUGCCGUCCUCGGGCGGGUCGCCGGGUCUGAGUCAGAUGCCCGCGUACCUGGAUGACGACGGUUUGCCGGUCGCUGUAGACGCGGUGCAGCAGCGACUGCGACAGAUUGAAGCCAGUUAUACACAAGAAGUUGAGGUGUUGAGACGACAGGUCAGACAGCUUCAGUUGAAACUGGAAAGUAAACAGUUCUGCACGACACCCUCCGAGCCAGAUGUCGACUACGAGGAUGAUAUUACGUGCCUGCGAGAAUCAGACGGCAGUGAUGAGGAAGACUCGCUGUCCAAUCAGAGUGAAGGCAGCUUUAGUGUGGGCAGCUGGGACCGCGUGGAGAGGAAGGACACAGAGGUCACCAGGUGGGUUCCCGAUCACAUGGCUUCACACUGUUUCAACUGCGACUGUGAGUUCUGGAUUGCCAAGAGACGCCAUCAUUGCAGGAACUGUGGUAAUGUGUUUUGUAAAGACUGCUGUCACCUGAAGCUUCCCAUUCCAGACCAGCAGCUGUACGACCCGGUGCUCGUGUGUAACACCUGCUACGACCUUCUACUGGAGUCGCGUAUGCGAGAUCUGCGCUCGCAACAGCUCAAGAAACCCAUCGCCACGGCGUCCAGCUGAGAUAGCCAAUCAGAGCCCAACUGGGCCAUAACGCCUCCCGCAGGGGUGUCCAUACAGAUGUCCGUUAUUUAGCGGAUGAGCCACUCUCUGCUUAGAGAGACGAGGUGAUUUUGAUUCCAGGACAGCUGUGAGACUGAUCUAACCGAGGGAGAGGAUGGAUCAAGUGUGACGAAGAGGUGAACUAAUGGAAAGCAUAUUUCAGGUUGAGGACUGCUGUUCUGCAGGUAAACAUGUGAACCCUCGGGCUCAGAUGCCUGAAGAGGCGUUUCUUCAUCUCAAAAUCUCCACACAACCCCCUACAAACCCUAUUCAUCACGGUCUCGCCAAUGAAAACGCAAACACACACGAGGGACAAUCGCCUCCCCUCAAAAUCGGUGACUCCAAAAGCCCUGUACGUGUCCAGCAAGAGGCUCACUAUUUAAAAUGAGAAAAAGCUGCUACAGUAUUUAAAAAUAAAAUUCGACUUUGUAUCCUUUAUUUUGUGCACUAUGGAGAGGAUUCGCAGUUGUUUACUCGCUGUUGUCUGUUGAUAUGCGGCUGUACGAAGCUUUCUUUCUUUUUUCUUGAAACUGGAGGGAUAAAUGGGUUGAGUUACUGAAAAGAUUUGCUUAAUGCUGCCCGUUUGCAUUGAUUUUGAUUUGCAGUUUUCUGUUAUUGUUAAUGGGGCAGCGCACAGAACAUUUGAUGUGGUAUUUUCUUUCCUCCCUUCAGAGCUGCGCUUUAAAAUAACUCUGAAAUUAAAUUAUCGCUCCCAUUGUGAUGCAAAAAUAAAUAAUCUUUCAAUGCCAAAAUCCAAUUAAAAUUGCAACAGAUAUCACAUUGAAUCUCUUCUGCCAGAUGGACUUGUAUAUUAUCCGAUUUUUCUUUUUUUUUUUUUAUGUACAUCUGGUUUCUUGUGCAUCUUUAGUUGGAGACGAAAUAAAAAAAAAAUGAACAAACUGAACAUUUAUGCACAGUUAAUGUAUUCGUUACGUACGUUAAAUAAAACUAUAGCCAUGUUGCACUGCUCCGUCCAUCUGAUAUUUCAGAAACUUACUCUUGUUGUGGUUUCUUUUAUAUAACUUCACAACUGGACAAAACAGUCAUUUUACUUGACUAUAUUUAAUCAUACUAAUUGAAACAUGAAUCAUUUGAAACCGGUGGCAAUUUGAGGGUUUCACUGGUUAGUCUCUAGUAAUGGUCGGUCGUGUCGACUCACGUUAUCAAAAUGCGUCUUCUGAACAUUUCACAACAGCAUUACAAGUUCAAAAUAAGUGCUAUGAUUUAUAUUUUUCCUUUAAUGUUGUCCAUGUUUUUCCUGUCAGACCUGGAUCCCUAAAAUGACUGUAUUGUUAAAUGGUGAAUCUCAAACAGUGCCAUUGUUUCUUUGUUUUCUUCUAAUGGGUUACACUAUGUUACUUAUUUGUAACUACUUAACAUGAUCAGUGGUACAAUAGCUAGAUGCCUAACAAUGAGAAAAUGAUUUGUUGAGAAUUUAUGAGGUUUCUGUAGGGAUACAACAGGACAUAGUAAUAAACACUGAGAAAUAGAGAACCGGUUUGGUUCACGCCUGAUGGUUUCAUUUGUUUUCAUGGUGUUGAUGAAGGACACUUCUUGAUUUAAAAUAAUAAAAAGGAACCCAGAAAUGUGAUGUAUAGUUAUUUGGUCUAAUAGUGGCUAUAGUUUGUCACUUAGUGAAUAAUUGUUGUAAAAAUAAAAAAACAACUGUGCAAGUUCAAUCCCAUGGGUAAAAUAAAAAGACGUCUGUAUCAGC